AUGACUGGGCCCGUGAAGGACUCACGACGCGACUUGACUCUCCCAGUGUUUAUACCCGAAGUUAAGGGAAUGGGUGGCCAGAGUCGAUAUUACCUCGACGAUUCAUCGUCUUCCUCCGAAUCAUACCCUAGUAAUGCACGGUCGCUGUUCUUACGCGUUGGUGCUGCCUUUUUCGCAGGAUUCUUCGUAUGUCUGGCUGUGGUUGCGCAAUAUGCCUCGUCAAAUCAAUCAUGCUUGUCAUUUUCACUCUUCUCUGCUUUUCUGCCACCACAUGUAGGAACACCCGAAUGGCAUGAAUACCCUCCGGGAGUGGCUUCUGAGAGAUUGAACACAUAUGCAGAAAACGUCACGGCCACUGGGCCUCUUUCAUUUUUGGAUGACUGGACGUACAAGCUAGGAAACGAAGGAUUAACGCCUUUUGGGAGGUCUCAGUUGUUCGAUCUCGGCGUGUCGAUGCGCAUGAGAUACGGGUUCCUGCUGAAGAAUUUCAGCGAAACAAACACCUUGCCUGUGUUCAGAACGGAGUCACAAGCCCGGAUGUUGAGCUCUGCGCAAAACUUUGCUCUUGGAUUUUUUGGUUACCCCCUCGAGGGCCAGUAUCACCAAGAAAUUAUGAUCGAGGCCAAAGAUUUCAACAAUUCUCUUGCCCCUUAUCGAUCUUGCGCAAAUAAUGAUGUUCCCACUGGGGGCUACCGCGGCCAACCAUAUGCUGAUGCAUGGAAAGAAGUGUAUCUCAGGGAUACCAUUCCUCGUUUGCAGCAAUACCUUGAUGGGUUCGAAUUGGAUGUUGAAGAUGUUUACGCCAUGCAAGAAUUGUGCGCUUUCGAGACGGUCGCUCUUGGUUAUUCCAAGUUCUGCGAACUCUUCACGGAGAAGGAGUGGGAAGGCUUUGAUUAUUCAUAUGACCUCAAUUUAUGGUACGGUGUAGCUUGGGGCUCACCUGUGGGUAGGGGAGAAGGAAUUGGCUACGUUCAAGAGCUCGUGUCUCGUCUUACUCAGACGCCGAUUGAAACGCACAACAGUUCCACUAAUGCGACACUUCACAACUCUGUCACUUUCCCCUUUGGACACAGCCUUUAUGUUGAUGCGACACAUGAAGUUGUAGUCUUAAACGGUCAGCUCAUUGAUGAACUUGAACUUGAAAACGUCCUGAUCCGUGGUUCAGUUCUUACCGCGUUGAACCUUUCAAGCUUCGCAGCUAUGGGUCCUUUGCCUACCGAUCAUAUACCUGAAAAACGAACAUUCAGGACCGCGGAGCUUGCUCCAUUCGCAACUAAUGUACAGUUCCAGCUCCUGUCGUGUUCCGAGGAACACGACCCACAAAUUCGCGUGAUCGUUAAUGACGGCGUUGUGCCGCUGAACCAUCUCGAUGGGUGUCAUGAUCAUCCAGAUGGGAUGUGCUCGAUCCAUGCUUUUGUUGAUGCGCAGAAAGAGAACAUUCGGAGUACGGAUUGGGACUUCGUUUGUAACGCUGACUGGACAAUCCCAGAUGGAUGGGAGACUACCACAGGCUACCCUCCUCUUUAGAUUUCCUUAAACAAUUCUUUCAUGUUGGGUCGGUAGCAUAACAGUCAGCAAGCACUUAAUCUCUGAUCAGUCUUUGCUUGGUCACUGACGCGAUAUUAAUGCGAGUGAUGGAUAUUCUAGCGUGGGCUUGUUCUUAUCAUCGUCCAGAGUCCUCGUGUCGUGUAUGCAAUUUUCGAAAC